AUGCCCUACCUGCGCUACGCUUUCCAGCAUGUUUUGCAUCGUAAUCUCGAUAUUACGCCGUACAUUCAGCGCGUGCUCGACUCUUCUACCAGCAAGUCUGGCUCCUACACUGAUGGUGAUGACCUCGUCUUCGAGCGUGUCUUCUUCGCAAUCGAGCGUCGCCACCAAGACCUUCCGACCGAGCUUAAUGAUUUCACGGAAAACCUAGAUUGUCUCGCUUUGUUUCUCAUUCGUCGCGCGCAGGAGAAGGGUCCAUACCGGUUACUGGGUCGCGAUAUUCCGCCUAGCGACGCCUGGAAGAAGUAUGAGAGUGAAAGGAUCGCACAGGUUGCAGCCAAGAACGUAAAAGUAAUGCAGAACCAAAAUCAACCUAUAGUGCCGACAUAUUCUGUUCCAACCGAUACUGGUCCACCAGCACCUCCGGCUCCUAAUAUGGCAAGGGUACCACUCCUUACGCACAACUGCAUCGACCCUCGUUUGCUCUACGCGUAUCCCGGCCAGUUUACUUCUCCUGAGCUUUCCGGAACUCUGACCCUUACUGACCUGCAGUACUACCUUCAUCGGAACGAAGAGAUCGAGGCAUCUGUUGCUAUGGAACUGGCCCACUUACUCAAUCACCAGCAGAGGCAUGGAAUGCAACGUUCAGUUUCUGACUCUCAAACCAUCCCACAAGUUUACCAGCAAAACAGGAUGUCAUCAUUACGACAAGGACAUCGAAAUGGUGCUUCGGAUCAACCAAGUUACGUACGGCAUUUAGGAAAACAGCAAAUUGCUAUACCAAAUCAACAUUCUUCGCACGCACUUAACUCCACACCACAGAUGUACAAGCUAGCUGAGCCCACCCAGCGUCUUUUCCAGCAAACAGGUUACCUCCAGCCAUCAGGCUAUUCAUCCCGCCCUGGGGUGCAGAAUAUCCAGCCACGACCUGCCCCCGUCACAUCUCGACCUUUGCCCGCGCAGCCUGGCUCCUUUUCUAACUACCAUGGUGACAUCCAUCCCGGCUUUCCAACCCUCACCAAGCCUGCCGGCAUUUCCAAAUCUGUCACGAAGGCGCCCACAUUUUCAGGCCUACCGGACUUUUCCGACCCAUCCUGUCGAGCAACAAGCAUGGCAGCUUUCAGAAAACUCUCGCGAGAACAAAAAGUAGCAAAGUUUUUGGAGAUAGAUAGAGCUGAAAAGGCCCUAAAUCCCAAAGCAAUCACACAGGUGCAGAAAGUGUUCAUGAAGGCUGCUGCAGAACGGGUGGCCGCAACGAAGAUAAAUGCUGUAGGUGAAGAUAGGAUGAAGCAGCACAAGGAGAAUGAGGAGAGAAUAGUCAAGCUUCCAGAUCAACAGACGAUAAUGGUUCCGGCCCCCAGCCAUCAGACCAACUGGGACACAUACAUGACUACACCAGGAGUUGGAAGCUUCGGAUCUCACCCAGCUUACUCGAACAUCAUGAGUUCAUUUCCUUCGCCGCAGCUCCAUGGGCCUUUGCUAGCUCCCACACCGACUUCCAAGCGGGAAGAAUAG